UUUUUACAAACCAAAAAUUAUUUAAUUCUCUAAAUUUGGUGAAAAGAAUUUCCUAGAAAAUGACAACAUUAUUAGAAUCCCAUCAAAGAAGAAGAACAACCUUCAAACAAACACAAUUCCCCUGUUUUUUAAAAUUUUUCAUUUUUGUUUUGUGUGAUUGUUUGAGAGCUACUGCAAAGUAGUUAAGCAAAUGGAGUAGAAAUAAGCAUAACCCACUUGAGAAAGACAACUCUCCCAAUAGUUGGUUCCUUUAAGAUUAACCCUUCUCACCAAACAACCCCUUAAAACUAAUUUUUUAGCAACAAAAUCUUCAUAAAAAUAAAAAUAAAUAAUGCUCUGUUUUUCCCCUGUUUCUUUAUAUUUCCUCUGUUUUCCUCUGUCUUUUCACACCUACCAUUUCUUCAGCUUCCAAUCUAAUGCGUCGAAAAGAAACACUUCUAUUCUUAUCAACUGAUAACACAAUGAAGCAGAAGAAGAACAGCAACCUUUCUGUUUUUGUCGUCGUGUUUUCGAUACUUUUGUUCGGGUUCUUCAUGUACAACGAGGAUGUGAAAUCGAUUGCGGAGUUUCCUUUUUCUAAGCAGAAAGUUCAAGAAAUGCAAGAAAAUAAACUAAUUGAAGAAAUCCCAGUUCGAAUUGAGGAAAACCCAGCUGAAAUUGAAGAAAACCCAGCUAAAAUUGAGGGGAAAACAGAAGAGGUUUCAACCGACACGGUAAGAGCAGAGCAAGAAACUGGGGAAGGAAAGAGAAAAAGUUUAGUUUUUGAAGAAGAAGAUGAUGAAGAUGACGAAGAGAUUGAAUUUCCCCCAAAAGAAUGUGAUCUUUUUACAGGAAAAUGGGUUUUUGAUAAUGUUACACACCCGUUAUACAAGGAAGAUGAAUGCGAAUUUCUCACUGAACAAGUUACUUGCAUCAGAAAUGGCAGGAAAGAUUCAACUUACCAGAAUUGGAGAUGGCAACCUAACGAUUGCAAUUUGCCUAAAUUCAAGCCAAAAUUAUUGUUGGAAAAGCUAAGAGGGAAGAGAUUGAUGUUUGUGGGGGACUCAUUAAACAGAAAUCAAUGGGAAUCAAUGGUGUGUUUUGUUCAAUCUGCUGUUCCUUCUAGUAGGAAGAGCUUGGUCAAAACUGGUUCUUUUAACAUCUUCAGGAUUGAGGACUAUAAUGCUACGGUGGAAUUCUACUGGGCACCAUUUUUAGUAGAGUCAAAUUCGGAUGAUCCAAAGAUGCAUAGCAUAUUAGACAGGAUAAUAAUGCCUGAAUCAAUAGAAAAGCAUGGUGUUAAUUGGAAGGAUGCAGAUUACCUCAUUUUUAACACCUACAUUUGGUGGAUGAACACCUUCAAUAUGAAAGUUUUGCGAGGAUCGUUCGAUGAAGGGGACACGGAGUACGAGGAGGUAGAGAGGCCGGCAGCGUAUGGUAGGGUGUUGAAGACAUGGUCUAAGUGGGUUGAUAACAACAUUGAUCCUAAUCGUACCACCGUCUUCUUUAUGAGCAUGUCUCCUCUUCAUAUCAAGAGUUUGGAUUGGGAAAAUCCAGAUGGUAUAAAAUGUGCCUUAGAGACGAAGCCAAUAUUGAACACAUCAAUGCCAUUGAACGUAGGCACGGACAGGCGGCUGUUCACCAUCGCACACAACGUAACACAGUCGAUGAAGGUGGUGCCGGUGAGCUUCCUAAACAUAACGUCGUUGUCGGAGUACCGGAAAGAAGCCCACACAUCAGUGCACACAAUUAGGCAGGGGAAACUGUUAACAGCAGAACAACAAGCAGACCCUGAUAAUUUUGCUGAUUGCAUACAUUGGUGUUUACCUGGUCUUCCUGAUACAUGGAAUGAGUUCCUUUACACUAGUAUCAUCUCUACCCACACGUGACCGUCACACUUGUUUCUAGUUUUUUUUUUUUUUUUCAUUUUUUAAUUACUAAAAAUGUCCAAUUUUUUGUGAAGUCGUCGAUUAUUGAAAAUUAAUGUAUAGGAUUGCAACGUUGCUCUCCUGUUGUGUAGAAAGGGGGAAAAUAUGUGUUUUGAUUUUUUCAAAAAUCAGGGCGAAAAUCGCCUGAAUUGAAAGAAAGAAAUUGAGAGUGUAAUAUACUGUAUGAUCGAUUCUACUAGAAGCAAUAAAAGUGGUAGUAAAAGAAAUGUAUAGAGGAGUUUUUGCUCCAAGAGAUCAA